CGUUGACCAUUGUUGCUCCAUAGAGGAACCCUACAAUAUUAUACGUUCGUAAAAAUUAUACGUUCAGUACUGGAUAGCGUUGGGCUUUGAUGAUAAAUAUUAUUUUAUGGGGUCUAUAGAAUACAUAUAAGCUUAUAGACCCUAUAAAAAUCAUGGGCUCGAGCAACGUCGUCAUCCACAGCUUUGUUCUCCCAUUGCAGGGCAAAAACCGCUCCUUGCUCGUGCCAAUUUCUACAAUCUUGUGCCAGGCUCAUACAGACUCAAUCCCAGACUUAAACUAUAUCGUCGACCAAUCUUGCUCCUGGUCGACUGACCCUUCUUUUGCCUCGCCUUGGCCACCAUUCUGUCACCGCAUUACCUCACCUGUCGUCACUUUAUCAUUACUUUUAAUCUGCUUCUUUUUUUACUACCAAUGAUUUGCUAGCUAGGUACGCGAAACCACAAAAUACUAGCUUUAUAAAACAGGCUUCUGUGUCCAGGAUUAUUUCUUUUGCUAAUACUCAAAAGACAAGAAUUUAAACGAGAAGGUUAUCUUUCAAGAGACCCGAUGAAACAACGUCAAACAACAAAACGUCACAACACUGCGAGCAUGUUUUGAGCGCAAAGGUUAUAUUUUACGUGCAAUUUUGUAUAAAAUAAAAUCUAAAUGGGAAAUAGGAGUACAUUUUUGGGUUAAAAAGUACAUAUAAAAAACACAGAAAUGAAUUUCGCCCGCAAACAACUGGAAAAAUACGGCUGGACCGAUGGUAAAGGCCUGGGGAAGCAUGAGAAUGGGAUAUCCGAGGCCCUGAAACCGAAGCUGAAGCGCAGUGUCGCGGGUGUUGGUCACGAUCCCGCCGCGGAGUUCAACGAGCACUGGUGGUCAGCUCUGUACGAUAAAGCUGCUAAAAAUGUCGAGGUGUUAGAAAAAAAUGGCAAGACAAAGAAAAUCAAAACUAAAGAUGAAAACGAUUUUGUAAUCACCAACAGCACAUGGAAAUUAAAUAAAAAGCAGAAAGAUUCCAAUGAUGAACAGUACUCGGACUAUUUUGUGCGGACUGCGGUACUUGACAAUGGGGAGAAUAGAAUGGAGACAGUGCGAGAGCCGUCAGAUGAUGAGGAAGAGAAGAAAGAUGUGUUUAAAAUGACUGAUGAGGAGCUGUAUGCAGCUUGUGAAGGGAGGACGGCUCAUAAAGGUGCGCGCCAUGGUUUGAGGGCAACUGGAAAGCUAGCAAGGAUAGCCCAACAAGAAGCAUUGUUACUAUCACAGUCAAAAUACAGCGGCUAUUCACAUGCAAAAAAACUAAAGCAAAAUGUAGUUGAAGACAUGAAUCUAAACAGCGACCCGGAAACUGUUGAACAUAAGAAAAAGAAAAAGAAGCGGAAACGAUGUAAUAGUAACGAAAAACCUAAAGAAAAUCCAGAUUCAGAAAUGGCUGAACCAGUAACGCCUUUGCCUAACGAAAACGAUGACGAUGUUACCAGUGUAAUAAAAGAAAAGAAAAGUAGUAAAAAGAAGAAGAAGCCGAAGAAAAAAGAUUUUCGAGAGAUUGAAGUUAUUCCUGAAGAAAACGAAGAAACUUAUGAACCGAAGAAAAAGAAAAGACGAAAAAGUGAGUCUCCUGAACAUAUGGAUACAAGUAACUAUGAAGAUACAGCUGAAGUUGAAUUAAUUAAACCAAAAAAGUCUAAAAAGAAAAACAAAAGUGAUGUUUAAUAAGACGUAACCUACAAAUAGCAGAUACAAAAUUAAAUAUUUUUUUAAACUAAAA